AUGAAGAAGGAAGUGGUGGUGAUUGUAAGCACAAGUCUUGUUGUAGUAGCAGUGGGUGCACUAAUUCAGAGAUGGAAGAAAUGGAAAGAACAACAAUUGAGACAAACAAAAAACAUGAUUCGAAAAUUUGCAAGGGAAUGUGCCACCCCAGUUACAAAACUUUGGCAUAUUGCAGAUGAUAUGGUUUCUAGCAUGGAAGCAUCUCUUGCUUCCUCAAAAAAUCAAACAACUAAUUCAACUCUUAAUAUGAUCAUUUCUGAUGUUACAUCCCUUCCUAACGGAGAUGAAGAAGGUUUUUUUUAUGGAGUGAAUUUGCAAGGCAGAAACAUGUUAAUGUUGUGUGCACGGCUUGGAGGAAAGAGUAAGCCUAUCUCUGGUUUACAUAGGGAAGAGAUUCCUGUCCCCAAUAUUGUCUUGACUGGUUCAUCUCAGGAAAAAAUUGAUUUUGUAGCUACAGAAAUAGCAAAGUUUGUUUCAGCUCAUGCUCUGGCAGAGAAUGAGGAAGAUGCACACACCAAAAAGAAGAAAUUGGGCUUUACUCUAUCAUAUCCAAUAGACAAAUCUAUGCCUUUCACUACCACUACAUUUCAACAAAAAAACACCAAAGACCCAGUUCGCAAAGGAUUGAUGAAAGACCUGAGUCGAGCAUUGAAGAAACACGGAAAGAAAAUGCAUGUUUUUGCACUGGUUGAUGACACCAUUGGAGGUUUGGCUGGAGGAAGAUACUACAACAAGGACAAUGUGGCUGCAAUUACCCUUGGCAUGAGCACAAAUGCUGCUUAUGUAGAACCAGCACAAGAAAGUAAUUCAAAUGAACUGAUAAUCAGCAUGGAGUGGGGAAACUUCAGAUCCUCUCAUCUUCCUUUAACACCGUUUGACACUAGUUUAGAUGCUGAAAGCUCAAACCCAGGAAGCGGGAUUUUUGAAAAGCUGAUUUCAGGAAUGUAUUUAGGAGAAAUUGUUAGACGUGUAUUGUUGAAGAUGGCCCAAGAAACAGCCCUAUUUGGAAGCAAUGUGCCUCCAAAAUUGUUGACCCCAUACUCACUAAGGUCUCCAGAUAUGGCUGCAAUGCAUCAAGAUACAUCAGAGGAUCGUGAAGUAGUAUCUGAGAAACUCAACGAGGUCUUCGGGAUCACUAGCAGCAGUCCAAUGGCACGCGAAUUCGUAGCCGAGGUUUGUGACAUAGUAACAGAGCGCGGCGCUCGUUUAGCCGGAGCUGGAAUUGUAUCCAUAAUCAAGAAGCUGGGGAGAAUUGAAAAUAAAAAAAGUGUGGUGAUAGUAGAAGGUGGACUUUAUGAACAUUACCGUAUAUUCAGAAAUUAUCUUCAUAGUAGUGUGUGGGAAAUGCUUGGUAAUGAUCUUUCAGAUAAUGUUAUCAUUGAACAUUCUCAUGGUGGCUCUGGAACUGGUGCUCUGUUUCUUGCUGCUGCUGCUACUUACACUCACAAAAAUUCUUCGGACUCUUCUUGAACAUUUUUUAGAAACUAAACUGAAAUUUGGAUUUUCAGAAACUAGUAUGGAUCUUUUCUCCUAAUUAUAAUGCAUUUUUUUUCUCUUUCAUUAAAGGGAUAUGGACUUUGU